AUGUCUCAUAUAUACCAAUGCGGUAGAAUCAAGACAGAACCUGGGCCGGAAUGGGAAGUGCUGCUCGCAGGUCUCCGUGGCCUGCGCAAGGAGCACAAGGUCGACGAGAGAGACGCAGCAGCAGCUACAUAUAGGUUUGGCUACACGAGCUCGAAGGGAGGGGCAAAGACAACUGAAGAUGUAGAUAUGCAUGUGGAUGUUAUCGUCAUCUCGUCCUCUGAAGGAAAAGACCAUGGCAGGGAUGACCGUCCUUUCUACUACAGGCAUAGACGCUGGACCACACCCAGCGUCUAUGUGAGGGGAGGCGAGAUAAGACCUCUAGGUGAGUAUUCCAAGGGGGUGCUGCAUUAUGUGUACGAGAGACAACUACGAGGUAACAAGCCAGGUUUAGGAUCCGUUCAACACCAUCUACGCGAAGAGGAGGAAGAGUCUUCCAAGUCUUCUUCUGCAGAGUUUGAAAUAUCCGAUGCUCAUACCUCGGGCACGAACUUUGACACUAUUAGUGUUAUGAGCAAAACCUAUAACCUGGAGACAACUAGUGACGGCGAGAAAAUAAAGCCUCAUUGUAGUGUCUGUUUGGAGAUAUUCCGCAAUACAUGGGACAAGUUUUAUGAGUGGGAGAGGGAGUAUUGUGAGGCCAAGUUAGCGGCUCUAAUGAGUGAGAGACGGAAGGGGGCUAGUACCACGGCAACGAGCACCGCUACCGCGAAGACGGCGCAUCCAACAUCACCGCCUGGUCCAAUCUGGGUCAUACCGUGUCCCAAAACUAUAGUUGAUCUCUCCGGUGUAUUGGCGGACUUUGACGCAGGCCCUCAAUACGAAUCCUGCACGCCUCAUAUGUAUAUUAGGGUUAGAGCCGAGCGGCCGAAGGUCGCGGAGGCGUGGUUAGGGUCGAGGGCUAGCAAUGCUGAACUGGCAAUAGUUGAAAUGAUGCCAAGUGGCCUUGAAGAUCCAGUUGAGAUAUUGGCAUCCAAUCAUGGCAAGCGCAAGGCCUCACCUACUUCUCCCCCACCAGGUCUGUGGCGACGGGUGUCAUAUGAACACCAGAGAUCAUCGGCUAGUCUCAUGAGUGCAUCACCAGUUAUUAUUAUGCUGGACAAGCUGGUGGUCAAGCAUUCAAGUGCUGAAGCAACUUCUGCUGUUGCUACUGUCCUUGGGCUUACCAGUGAGGUUGAGGAUAGCAAAUCUUACUUGGCUGCCUGUGCAAAAGAGGUGAAUGCAAAGUCUCCUUGGGUGGAGUUUGAUUGGCAGGAGGAGGCCAUACAGAAGGAUCAAUAUGCUUGUCUAGGCCUUUCUGAUGAUGGGUGUUAUGGAGGCAAAAUCAUUCUGGGAGGCAAGUUGGAUGACUUCACAAACAGCAUCAAGCUUGACCGAGCUGAGCUUGGAUCCUCAUCUCGCUUUUUACGUCACUUUGGCUCACGACAUUUCCUCCGCAUCAAGAUUCCAAGAAAAUGUACCUUAGGGUUAACCAUGCUCAAGCGCUGGCGACCGGGUCUGUCGUUGCUAGGUUAG